CCCCUUGUCAGCCCGGCUGGUCCAUUCCAGCAUCUACCAGUCAGCAUAGGCGCUAAACGGGAAUAAGAGACUGGUGUGUGGUGAUGAUUGCGGUGUCUGAGCUGUGGGAGUACUCAGUGCAGCCCCAGGCCUUUCGCAUCCUCAAACCAUGGUGGGACGUCCUGCAGGAGAUGCUGGCCUUCACCAUGAUGACCAUCGCCGUUUUCGGAGUCACCGUGCAGAUUAUGGAAGAAAGAAUGUUCUGCCUACCGCAGCGGAACAAGACUCAGACAUGUGCACAGGUGUAUAAAGAGAUUCACUUCUGUCCGAACCUCACUGAGGAAGGCGUGGUCAACAACAUGGACCUCAUCCAGUACAAGUUCAUCAACCAGCUCUGCUACGAGGUCUCUAUGCACUGGUUCCCCAAGUGCUUCCCCCACCUGGCCCUCGUCCACACCCUAUUCUUCAUGAUGUGCAGCAACUUCUGGUUCAAGUUCCCCAGGUCCAGCUCCAGAAUCGAGCACUUCACCUCCAUCCUGGCCAAGUGCUUCGAGUCGCCGUGGACGACGCGGGCCUUGUCGGAGGUGUCGGGAGAGCAGACGGAGGAGAUGUGCUCCACCCCCCCGUCAAACCAGUUUCUCUCCUCCACCCUUUCGACCAGCAAGUUGGUGGAGGUGGACACGGGAGUGGUGACCGUCCUGGACAAGAAGGAGUGCGAACAGGCCAAGGCGCUGCUGGAGCGCAUUAAGAAGUUCCGUCAGCAUGUGGAGGGAGGAAACGUGCUGUUCAUGACCUACAUGCUGCAGACCCUGGUCAAACUGCUCACCAGCUGCUUCAUCACCACCUAUGUUGGAGUGCUCGUACACAAGGUUCAGCCGACGGAUAGCUGCAAUGUGGAGGCCCAUGACAUCACGGGCUACAGCCAAUUCUGCUGCAUCUACACCAUGGCCUACCUCUUCUCCCUGCUCAUCUACUGCUACCUCUUCUGCAUCAUACUCUACUGCCUCAGCUGCCUCUACACCACAUUCUGGCUCUUUUAUAGAGUGAAGGUGCGCGAGUACUCUUUCGACUAUCUGCGGCGUGAGUCGGGCGUGAGUGACAUCCCCGACCUGAAGAACGACUUUGCCUUCAUGCUGCACCUGAUCGACCAGUAUGACCCACUCUACUCCACGCGCUUCGCCAUAUUCCUCUCCAAAGCCAGCGAGAGCAGACUGCAACAGCUGAACCUCAACCACGCCUGGCCCACCAGCAAGCUGCGGGCGCGCCUGCAGACCAACAGCAGUGAACGGUUGGAGCUGCACCUCUUCAUGCUGCUAGGGCUGCCCGACACCGUCUUCGAGCUGUACGAGCUGCAGUCCCUCAAGCUGGAGAUGAUUGUGAACGCCAAGCUGCCCUCCACCCUGGAGCUGCUGACGGAGCUCGAGGAGCUCAACCUCAACCGCAGCUCCCUCAAGGUCAACAGUGCAGCGCUGAAAUUCCUCAAGGCUCGCCUCAAGGUACUGCGCGUGCGGUUCCUGGAGACCGCCGAGCUUCCCCAUUGGCUGUACGUGCUGGAGAACCUGGAGGAGCUGCACCUGACUGGCUCGCUGAGCCCCAGCGCGUCCCGGAGCGUGGCCCUAGAGUCGCUACGGGACCUGUGCUCCCUCAAAUCGCUGACGCUCAACAGCAACCUGAGCAAGCUGCCGCAGGCCGUGACCGACGUGGCGCCGCACAUGCAGUACCUGUGUAUCCAUAACGACGGCACACACCUGGUCAUGCUCAACGGACUGAAGAAGAUGGGCAACCUCACCGAGGUGGAGCUGUUGAAUUGCGGUCUGGAGUGCAUCCCCCAUGCCAUAUUCAGCCUGCUUAACCUGCAGAAACUGGACCUGCGAGAUAACAAGCUAAACUCUGUACACGAGAUCGUCAGCUUUCAGAAUCUGCCCAGGUUCACAUGCCUGAAGCUGUGGCAUAACAACAUCGCCCAGAUCCCAGAGGACAUCCGCAAGCUGGCCAGCCUGGAGAGUCUCUACUUCUCCCACAACCGCAUCACCAGCCUGCCCAUACAGCUCUUCCAGUGCAGCCGCCUCAGCUACCUGGACCUCUCCCACAACAAGGUGUCGGUGGUGCCCCCAGAAAUCAGGCAGCUGCAGGGGAGCCUGGAGUACCUGUCUCUGGCCUACAACCAGCUCCAGGAGCUGCCCGACGAGCUCUUCGCCCUCCGCAAGCUCUGCACACUCAAGCUCAGCAACAACAUGCUGUCCACACUCUCACCCAGAGUCUCCAACCUGACCCUCCUGACGUGUCUGGAGUUGAAGGGGAACCACUUCCUGUGUCUGCCCGCCGAUCUGGGAGCCUGCCCCUUGCUCAAGCAGGCCGGACUGGUGGUGGAGAGCUCCCUGUUCGAGAACCUCCCAUUGGACGUCAAGGAGCGAAUGAGAACAGCCAAUGGGCAUGACUGACGGUUCAACGGGCCAAUGAGGCAGAAACACAGAUGCUGCCAUAGGAUGUCAAGGACCGAGUGAAAGCCUUUAACGGGCACAACGUGACGUUUCAACGGUCUAUUACAGCAGGGGCGGGAGCAAUUAUUUUGGCCCAAGGGCCACUUUAGGGUUAAGAGUAUUGAUAUAAAGCUCAGAUUUGUUAAUAAUAAGAAAUAAUUUACAUGCUGA